AUGUCGUCGCAAGCCCCCAACCGCAACUUAUGGGAUGCUUUCUCGGGCAUGCCAACCGAAAUGCAAAUUGCAAUCCUGCAACACCUACCAAAGAGGAGACUGGUUCUCUCAGCCCAGCUCAACAACAGAUGUUUCGAUCUCGCUAUUGAAGUGAGAUGGAAAGAAGCCGAGCUGUCUGCACUCAUGCGGGUGCCGUCUCGCAACGGCAGAAGACAAACGUAUGCCAACCACGUUAGAACUCUCCGCGUUAGACAGAUAUCCUCAGAGACUUUGCCAAGAGUGUUGGCUCUUAGCUUCCCCAAGCUUCGAUCCCUGAAGAAUGUUAAUGUCACUCGGUGCGACGCAGCUGCUUUGGAUCUCCUUCGCCACUUCGCCCAGCUCUACAGAAUUCUCGACUUGGAGAUGUUAUCCUCCCAGCGGGUCCCUGAAACUUUCAUCGGGCAGGUUUGCAACUUCAGCCAUCUGAAACGGCUUGAUAUCGACUUCGCCUUGGGUUCCUCUCUCGACCUCAAGCCUAAAAACGCCAUCUCAUGGCCAAACUUGGAGCACGCUUUGGUGCGAUUUGGCAGCGGCAGGCCUCCUGAAAGCCUGGUUCAGGAUUUCCGAAAAUGCCCCUCCCUUGAGAAAUUCGAACUCAAAACGGAGCAGCUUCCUAGAUUGAUGCUUCUCGGGCCUUGCUCCCAACUCGCGAAGCUUCGGGACUUGGAGAGUCUUUCUCUGACCAGCACGAGACAACCCAACCUACACCCUCUUUUCGACCGGGAAGUUGAGCAAUCUGAUAUUCUUGACUUGAUUCGUCACCUCGGCAAGCUGGAUUACUUCAGCUGGAAUCUCGAAAGUGUUGUCGACACCCAUGGACUUAUCGAGGGGAUUGCGCGCCUUCAGACGAAUUUGCAGAAGACUUAUCUCGGUUUCGCCGUGCACAUUCCUGAUGUUUUCGAGCUUAAAGACGUUACGAUGAAAACUCAGAAAAGUCUCCGGGUCCUUCGUGUACGGAAUACGCUGUUCGACACAUAUCUUCCUGACCACGAGGCGACGGACGUGGCUGCUCGAACAGUCAAGACUUUGUUCCCAUCACUCAAGGUUUUCGAAGUGGAGGCGGAAGGCUCCAUAGAAGACUGGUGA